GGGGGGGCUGUGACGCUCGGGGGUGGUGUCGCCGAAGAGUUGGUGUCGCCGAGGGGUUAGUGUCGCCGGUGGCGGCGCGUUCCGGCCAGCGCCAUGGCUGUAAACUACAGCGCGAAGGAGGAGGCGGACGGGCACCCCUCGGGCGGCGUCGGGGUGCCCGGUGGCGGAGCGGUGGGCGGCGGAGGUGGAGGCGGCGGGGCCGUGAAGACCCGCAAGCCCGAUAACACGGCGUUCAAGCAGCAGCGGCUGCCGGCCUGGCAGCCCAUCCUGACGGCGGGCACGGUGCUGCCGGCCUUCUUCAUCAUUGGCCUCAUCUUCAUCCCUAUCGGCAUCGGCAUCUACGUCACCUCCAACAACAUCCGCGAGUACGAGAUUGACUAUACAGGAACAGAGCCUUCCAGUCCCUGCAACAAAUGUUUAAAUGUGUCCUGGGACAGCUCCUCACCUUGUACUUGCACCAUCAAUUUCACACUGGAACAUUCAUUUGAGAGCAAUGUAUUCAUGUAUUAUGGACUUUCCAACUUCUAUCAAAACCAUCGGCGCUACGUGAAAUCUCGAGACGACAGCCAGCUCAACGGAGAUAACAGCUCACUGCUUAAUCCGAGUAAGGAGUGUGAGCCUUACCGCACCAAUGAGGACAAACCCAUUGCUCCUUGUGGAGCUAUUGCCAACAGCAUGUUUAAUGAUACCCUGCAGUUAUUCCGCAUUGAGAAUGAGACGCGGGUGCGUAUUAACCUGAUUAAAAAAGGCAUUGCCUGGUGGACAGAUAAAAAUGUGAAGUUCAGGAAUCCUACAGGAGAUGGAAAUAACUUAACUGCACUUUUCCAAGGUACAACAAAGCCUGUGAACUGGCCCAAGCCAGUGUACAUGCUGGACUCGGAGCCUGACAACAACGGCUUUAUCAACGAGGACUUCAUUGUGUGGAUGCGCACAGCUGCUCUGCCCACCUUCCGUAAGCUCUAUCGCCUCAUCGAAAGGAAGGACAACCUGGAGCCUACUCUACAGGCUGGAAACUAUUCUUUGGUUAUUGACUACAAUUAUCCUGUACACAGUUUUGAUGGACGAAAGAGAAUGAUCCUAAGCACCAUCUCGUGGAUGGGAGGCAAAAAUCCCUUUCUGGGAAUUGCUUACAUCACUGUUGGGUCCAUCUGCUUCUUCUUAGGAGUUGUAUUGCUGAUCAUCCAUCACAAAUACGGAAACCGAAACACUAGUGCAGACAUUCCCAAUUAACCCUCCUGCACUCUGCAAGCAAAUAAAUGUACUGCAUGUGCAUCAAGGCCAGUCCAGAAUGGACCCAGCUUUUGAAAGACAAAUCUCUGCUCCUGUCACUUCUGAGACUGGGUACCUAAUUCUUCUCUAAAGCUCACCUUUCUCAUGCUGUGGGUUAACUCCUGCCAAUGAAGGGUGUACAAUUAGCUACGCUGAUUGUAUCUCUGCCCAACUCAGAAACAGGCUCCUUCUGAUUUUUGCCUCUUAACUGGGCAGGCCACAUGAUGCAUAUAGCUCCCGUUCCCUUGAUGCAUCUGCUGCUUGUUCAUGUGUUGUGUAACCUCGGUGUGAUUCAGUACGUAGAGGUUUUGUGGAGACAGACUGUUAGAAGAUGCUGUAAAUGGUUAGCUUUCAGGCACCUGGCGGAAGGAAGAGUCAAGUCUUAAAUGUUUUGUUUUCAGGUCACUGUCUCGUGUGCAUGGGCUCUUACAUUUCUUGCUGAAAGUUUAAUAUAUUUAUAGAAGUUGUUAAAUAUUUUUUUUCCCCUGUGUCUUACCCACCUCUGUGAUGUUAAAUCCUUUAAGUGCUGUGUGGAUUUCAGCGCUCUGGAUUCUUUGUAUAUUUCCAUUGUAUGUGCCUGGCCAGUAAACGAGCAUCCUAUGGAGACACCAGAAAACUGUUUUGUUAAUUAUCUGCCUGAGUCCCUUUUAAGGAUUGUUCUAAUUUGGGAAAUGUUUGUUGCAGGUAGAAUCUGCUUUUUUAUUGUUCUGGUUUUGUCUUUAAGUCACAUCCAAUACUAAUUUACACAUUCUGCUUGCUGGGUUUGCUGUUUAUGACCAGCUCCAAGCAUUGUGAAGAACCCAAGAAGGUGUUGGGUUUUUUUUUUUGUUCCAUUCAUAGAUUUGGGUGAAUUCCUUUUUAUUGAAGGAGUUUCUUAAUUUUCUUGAGACAUAUGUGUUCUGAACAGGCUUUGUUGUAAAGGAGGUGUCACAGGCUUUGGAGUGAACACCACAUCCAGUUUUUUGGGAUGUUAUAGUAAACUCUAGAAAUUCCUAAGCUGAGAUGGCAGGAGCCUCUUUUCACUGAAAUGCAGGUUGAGCUUGCUGUGAAACCUGAUUGAAAGACUGCAGUUAGAGGCCAUGUGCAGGUUAGUCUUCAAUUCCAGAAGGGUUCAUUUGUAGGUUAAUUAAAAGCUAACUGUAACCUGUAAAAAAAAUUACUACUUUUUGGUGACUUUUUCUUUUCUUUUCUUUUUUUUUUUUGUAGAUGAUGCACAGAAAUUGUAAUGUAUAUGGUGGAGAUCACUUUAUAUGCAACUAGCUUGAUAAAGUAUUGACUAUCUAAAAAAGAAAAACACCUAAUAAAUUCUGCAAACCAUUUAAUAAGAGAA